AUGUGGAUUCCUGCCGGUCGGUUAACGGCUGAACAUAAUAUCCAUGAAGUUCUUGAAUCUCUUGCGGCUGAUAGUCAACCGGCUGUCUGGCGCGAGUCUCGUGCGCAUCUUAGGGAUUUUAACCGAAUCCUUAACCAAGGCAUUUCAUUCUUCUUUACAUCAGAUGAUGCGCUUCGCCGAUUGGAUGGAGUCCAACUUUCGAUUUGUGACACAGUCGUCACGAUUCGCAAAUACUCCAGCUAUGAUAAGCUGUAUUUUGUGGAUUUGCAACGGUUGCCCGCUGACGUGGCCGACCUGGCGAUCUAUGAUUGGUUUGUGGCACGCGGUGCUCCACCCAUCUUGAUUACACCCACGCAAGCUCAAGGAGAAUUGAAGUCGCGGGCACGCACUAUCUACUUUAAUUCCGUCUCUUGCCCGGUGCAGCUAUUUGAACAUAACGGCGAGCCACUUCGCAAAAUUUUCUUUUUUGAGGAAGAAAAACCAUGCUUUGUGCAACGUCGGCUUUGUCGAUACAAUCGCGUCAAGCCUCCUUCUCUUCGACCGCCCCCGCGCCCAACUUCCGAGUUUUCGGAUACCAACAUGCAGAGUGAUGAGGGCGACGUCUCGCCGGGUGACUUGCACGCAACCGCGUCGCCAUCCCAGGCCACUUUACUAUCAGCUACUGUGCGCACGCCACCGCAACCUGAUUCUGGGCGCACGCAAGCGCCCCUUUCCCAGUUUUCGUCUUCGCAUGGGACUUCUUCCCAUCCUGCUUCCACUUCUUCGCCCAUAGACAAGACCUUUAUCUUGGGAUCGGUAUCGACCGAUGAUCCAACGUGGAAGCUGGUUUAA